AUGGAACAUGAGAUAAAGGAAUUAGAUUUGAAAGCGCUGCAAGAAGAAAUUUUACGUAAAUGUAGAAAGAAACCGGAAUUUUUAGGUCCUCGUGAUGAAAGAUCGGAAGAUGAAAAACACGAAGCAGAAGAUUUGCAUGAGGAGGAAGAUAUACUCUCGAUGGAAAUCGAUAAAAUUGCGGAGGAAUUACCCUUUGAGGAUGUAUUGGCUGAAAAACGUCGCAAAUAUACAACUAAAGAAGAGUUUAUUUAUUUAAUGUACAAUGACAUACUUCCGGUUCUCGUCCUUGAAUGGGAUGGUUAUUUCCUAAGGAAACCGCUUGUGAGGAAACUGGACGAGGAUGAUGCUGAAGCUAUCAAGAAAAAUGAAGAGGAAAAUGACAUAAGUGACGGUUCAUUUAUUAAGGAAGAAAAGGAAGAGAAAGAUAAAAUAUCCAUUCCGUCCUGGAAACUUUCAUCACCGGAUGAAUUUGCCGAUAUAAAAUUCUACAAUAAAAAUUCUUAUCACGGCCGCAUCAGCAGGAAGAUGAUGGAGGGCGAAGGGACAUACAGAUGGCAUAAUGGUGUCCACUACAAGGGUCAGUUUGAGCGUAAUAAGAUCCAAGGGAGAGGUUUCCUGGAGUGGAACAACAAUUGUUGGUACGAAGGCGAAUUCAUGGAUGGUUUUCGACACGGUAAAGGUCUCUUGGUGGACAGAGAAAAUAAUCGUAUGUAUCUCGGUCGGUGGCACAUGGGUCACAAACAUGGAAAAAAAUAA